AUGUUUGCUCUCCUGAUUUGCAUCUUGACACUGCAUCAAGUGCACUCAGCAUGUGUUGUGGUAAACAUUUGCCCAGAAAACACAACAAUUCAGGCUGAGAUAGUUGACGUGCACAAUGCCUUCAGGAGAGCGGUCCAGCCUACUGCUUCCAACAUGCUGACAAUGAGCUACAGCGAGGACGUAGCAGUCAGUGCUCAGGCCUGGGUUGACCAAUGCAUUUUAGCUCAUGGAGCACCGAGCACCCGCAUGCUCAAUGGAUACGAAUUAGGCGAGAAUCUGUUUUAUUCAGGCGCACCUGCCCCGUGGACUUCUGUCAUUAAUGCCUGGCACAGUGAGGUGGGACACUACCAGUAUCCAAAAGGAUCUACCAACAAUGGAUCUAUCGGUCACUACACACAGGUGGUGUGGAACAGCUCCUACAAAGUUGGCUGUGGAAUGAAAUUGUGCCCUAAUGGCAUCUAUUUCUACGGCUGCCAUUACUACAGAGCAGGGAACUUCAAAGGAUGGCCACCAUAUAAAGCUGGACCCUCAUGUGCUUCUUGUCCCAAUAACUGCGUAGACAAGCUUUGCACUAACCCCUGUCCUUACAUAAACAAGUUCAUCAACUGUCCCCAGAUGAAAAAGUCGACUGGAUGUGGGAAUAAGCUGGUGUCUACCUGGUGCCCUGCUUCAUGCCGAUGCGCCACUGAAAUCAUUCCAAUUGCCUAA